AUGGAACAUGGUUUCCUUCGUUUGAAGCGGAUGGUUGGUGGGACGUUGGCCCCUCAGGUCCCCUGGCAAGCCAGGGUGUACCUGUCUGACAGCGUGCUGGAUGGCGGGUAUGCAGGCGGGGCUCUCAUCUCCGACCGCUGGGUGUUGAUGGCUGGAAGGAACCUCUUUAUUAGAAAGAGUCGACGGGACACUCAGGGAAAAGAUCCCGUCAUCCAAGUUUACCUAGGAAUCUCACAAAAGGCAGAAGCCGACACCUCCAAAGAAGUUACUGUAGACAAGGUUUUUCUUCAUCCGGGCUUCCAGAACCAGACUGACUGGGACAACGAUCUGGCUCUGAUCAGACUUAAAGAGUCUGUGAUCAUGACUGAUGAGGUCACUCCGAUCCCCCUCCCAGAGAGGGGGCAGGACCUGGUCACUGGUGUGGGCGGGUCAGGGGUCAUCGCUGGCUGGGGCUGGGGGAUCCACCUCACCACUGCUACGUCUCUCAAAUACCUUGUUCUCCCUCUGGCUAAUUACUGCGACUGUAAAGCAGAGUACGACCGUACCUCGCACACCCCGAGUCUGGACGACAACAUGUUCUGCACCAGACCCACACUGCUGGAGGAGAACAUUUGUUUUGGUGAUGCGGGAGGCACUCUGGCUGUCAGAGAUGCUCAAUCUGGGGACGUGUACGCUGCGGGGAUCCUCUCCUAUGACAAAUCCUGCAGCCAAAACAACUACAGCGUCUACAUGAAGAUUUCUUUGUAUUUACCUUGGAUCCAUAGAAUCAUUAGAGGAGAUACAGAGAAGUCAUCUGCUCUGCGCUUUGAUGCAAUGGCUAAAAUGUACCGAUAGCAGCCACAGAGCUUCAGGCUCUCUUGUUGGGAUAGAUGUUUG